GAAGAAGAAGAAGAACGGGGACCCGGAAGUGCGGAGAAACAGAAGCUAGCGCUUUAGCCUUGACUGUGAAGUUUGUUCAACAUGUCUUUAAUCUCAGUCGCGUUUAGAGGUGCAGCAAGGAAUAAAGUUGCGACAGUGGCUCUCUCCAGCCGCUCCUAUGCCAGCUUCACACCUCAGGCCACCUUCGACAUCAAGCCUUGUGAGCUUCACCGGCUGGACCAGGGUCCUCCGACACAAGCCGUGCUCACUCGAGAGGAUGGCCUGAAUUACUAUCGCACCAUGCAGAUGAUGAGGCGUAUGGAACUGAAAGCGGACCAGCUGUACAAGCAGAAGAUCAUCCGAGGUUUCUGUCACCUCUACGAUGGACAGGAGGCUUGUGCGAUGGGCAUCGAAUCCGCCAUCAACCUCAGCGACCAUCUGAUCACGGCGUACCGAGCUCACGGAUACACCUACACCAGGGGAGUGUCUGUAAAAGAGAUCUUGGCCGAGCUCACGGGUCGAAGGGGCGGAGUCGCCAAAGGCAAAGGAGGUUCCAUGCACAUGUAUGCCAAGAACUUCUACGGAGGAAACGGCAUCGUGGGAGCUCAGGUUCCCCUCGGGGCUGGAGUGGCUCUGGCGUGUAAGUACCUGGCCAAUAAUCAGGUGUGUGUGGCGCUCUACGGGGACGGAGCUGCAAACCAGGGGCAGAUCUUUGAGACGUACAACAUGGCGGCGCUGUGGAAGCUCCCGUGCAUCUUCGUAUGUGAGAAUAAUAAGUACGGCAUGGGCACGGCGGUGGAGCGGGCCGCCGCAAGCACCGACUACUACAAGCGAGGGGAGUUUAUUCCCGGGCUGAGGGUGGACGGCAUGGACGUGCUUUGCGUCAGGGAGGCUACCAAGUUUGCCGCAGACCACUGCAGAUCCGGAAAGGGUCCGAUUCUUAUGGAGCUUCAGACGUAUCGUUACCACGGACACAGCAUGAGCGAUCCUGGAAUCAGUUAUCGGACCCGUGAAGAGAUCCAGGAAGUGCGCAGCAAGAGCGACCCAAUCACCCUGCUAAAGGACCGACUGAUUAACAACAACAUGGCCAGCGUGGAGGAACUUAAGGAGAUCGACGUGAACGUGCGUAAGGAGGUGGAGGAAGCGGCGCUGUUCGCCACGUCUGACCCCGAGCCCCCCCUGGAGGACCUGUGUAACCACAUCUACAACGACCAGUCGCCCAUAGAGGUGCGAGGAACAAACCCCUGGUCCAAGCUCAGGUCCACCAGCUGAACGGUCGCUGCCAGAUCUCCACCACAAGAUCAUUACCGAGACGAAGAAGAGGGGAGCAAAGAUACGUCUAGAAACGCACAAAUGCCACGGAUCACAUGUUCUUCGUCUUCAUCAUCAUUAUCAUCUAUGUUCUUUUCUCUCUUCUGAAAUCUUAGCUGUUACAUGUUUUAUUCGGUUUUAUUCCGUUACUUAAUUUUUACAUAAGAAAAGUUUGUCUUCUGUUUAAAGUACAUUUCCUGAUGUAAAUGGUAACAUCUAAAAAAAUAAAUAAAUAAAAAAACAGCCGUUGUGAAUAAAAUAAACACACUACCAAACGA